AUGAAGCAAAUAUUCAGAACAAAGUUUAAACUUAUCCACUAUUGUGGUGUAAUGUUGGCUCUUAUCAUCAUUAACAUUUGGAUCUAUAACUAUUCUUCAUCUACUCCUUCUACUUUACAAUCUCAAUUCAAAUAUAGUCAUCAAGGUGGCGCUGAUAGUAUUUAUCAACUUUCUCAUAAUGAAGAUUUAAUUCCUGAAGAAAUUGUUGAUAAACAACUUAUUGAACAAUUCCCCUUUGAAUUAUUACAUAAACAAUUUGAAGUUAAAGAUAUAAAACAACAAUAUGAUGCUCAUGCCACCAUUUAUGAUCUUAUUUUCAAAAAUCACGAACCAUUAUCAGUAUUUGCCAAUCUUGAUUUUAAUCAAAGAUGCCAAUUAUAUUUCUACAAUUUAUAUACCAAUGAUCAUAAUUGGGUUAUCAACCCUACUGAAAAAUUAGAUCUUGAAAAUGUUAAUAAUUUCGAGUUUAUUGAUUACAGUGAAUCUCAAAGGGAUGAUUUAAAAAAACAAUUUAUUGAAAAAAAUGAAUUAGGAAUUGAAGUUGAUGAUUUAGAAGAAACUCAAGAAUUUGAAGAAUUUGUAAAUAAAAAAUAUUCUGAAUUUUGGGAAAGAAAUCAAAUCGUUGAACAAACUGUGGUGGAUUAUAUUUCCCAUCUUAGAAUCUUUAAUAAAUGUUUCAUUGCCAACAAUGAAUUAAAAGGUACCAAACCAGUCAAAAAAUUUAUUGCAGAUCAAAAGGCUCUUAUUCAAGAUUGGGUGAAGGUUCAAAAAACUGACUUGAAAAAUAAAGAUCCUAAAUUAGCCAAAAAAGUAACUAAAAUCCCUGAAUUUAAAUUAACUCAUGCAGAAAGUUUGAUUGAUUUUGAUUCAUUCAGAAAUUGUGCUGUUUUAGAAUCAAGAGUUUAUCCUUGGUUAUCAUUUGAUUAUCCAGUUUAUGAAAGAUGGACUGGUGAUGUUGUAUUAAAACCUCCAAAGAUGAGUAAUUAUUUAAAACCAAAUACUGCUGCUUCUAAAACCACAAAAUCUUCCGCCUCUCAAAUGCAUGAUGGUUCUUGUUUCUUGGAAAAAUUUAAACGUGAAACUAAUGGUAAAGGUAUUACUUUAUCAAUUUCAGAUCUGCAUGUUCCUGAUACAAUUAGAUUGAUUCAUUUAUUAAGAGCUCUUAAUAAUAAAUUACCAAUUCAAAUUGUUUAUUACGAAAAUUUAUCCGCUGAUUCCAAGAAAAGAUUAGUAACUGCCGCAAGAGAACAAAUAAGUCUGUUACCAGCUUCAUUUAGAAAAGUGGCUCAUUUAUUCCCAUCUGAUUAUUUAGAUAAAAAUGAUCAUGGAUUACCUAAACAAGAAAUUUGGUUUGUUAAUGUUUAUAAUGUUAUUAAGGAAGAUUAUCGUAAAAGAUUUGAAAAAUUCGGUAAUAAAUUCUUAGCUACUGUUUUCAAUUCAUUUGAUGAAUUUAUCUUAUUAGAUGCAGAUUCAGUAAUGGUUCAAUCACCUGAAUUUUUCUUUGAUUUAGAAGGUUAUAAACAAAAUGGAGCUUAUUUCUUUAAAGAUAGAACAGCUUCAACUACUCGUAAAGUAAGUGAUGGUACUUUCUUUAAAAAGAUAAGUCCUUCAAUUGUUGAUCAAACUAUGUUUAAUAUUCCAAUCAUAACUGAUUAUACUGCCAAGAGAUCAUUCUUCGAAGGUAUGUACCAUUAUAUGGAAUCUGGGUUGGUAGUAUUUGAUAGAACCAGACAUUUUAAUUCCAUGCUUUUAAUGAUUCAAUUGAAUUUCAUGGAACCAGUUACAUCUCGUGUUUAUGGUGACAAAGAAAUCUUUUGGUUAGCAUUUGCUCUUAAUGGUGAUGAAGAAUUCACCUUUAACAAGUAUCAUGCUGCUGCCAUUGGUGAUGAAUCUCCUGAAAAUGAAUUUUUAACCAAAGAUGGUAAUCCAAGAAAGGGUCAUGAAGUUUGUGCUGCUCAUCCAGGUCAUAUUAGUGGUGAAGAUGGUCAAAGUUUAUUAUGGUUUAACUCUGGUUUCAAAUUUUGUGGUCAAAAUCAUAAAGUUGAUUUCAGUAAAGAAUUCGAAAAUAAAUCUCAUUUCAAAUUCCUUAAAUCUAUCCAAGAUAUGAAAUUUUUCUACACCCAGCCAAUACCUAUAAAACAUGCAGUUAUUCCUCCUUUCAAAUCUAAGAACGAAUUGACUUGUGAGAAUAUAGAAGAUCAACCAUCUUUAGGAUGGAUAGAAAAUAAAGAUUAUUGUCAUUCAUAUCUUUGGUGUGCUUACUCUCAAAUUGGAGGUACCACCGAAUCUGGAGUUGAUAAUACUCAGCAUGGUAGAUUUAUCGAAUUUGAUAAACUUACCCAAUCUUUGUUUCAAUAUUAUGGUGAUAUUUGGGUUGGUAAUGAAUGA